AAGGGAGGUACAGGCUGCUGGCAUCACCGACGACGAGUUUACAAUCGUGGAGGUAGAUGUGAGCAAAAAGAUGAUAAAAAACAUGAAGGAUGUGGAAGAGCCUCGGAAAAAGGACACGGAUCCUCCUGGAGAGCUAAAUAUGUCCCAAAAGUCGUCACCUCAGAGAAGGCCUUUUACAUGUAAGAUUUGCUUUCACAGUUUCAAGAGGAAACACCAUCUCAAGGGCCAUUUAGCAGUUCACUCUAACGUAAAGUCCUUUGAGUGUCCACAAUGCAGUAAAAGGUUCUCGCAUGGUUAUAACUUAAAGAGACAUAGCAAAAUCCAUGCCAAGGAAGCCGGGUAUGAGACAAGGCCCUUUGAAUGUCACAUUUGUACUAAGAGAUUCAAAAUGAAGCAACAUCUCAAGCUCCAUAUGCAUCUACAUUGUGAGGCAGAACCCUUGGAGUGUCCACAGUGCAGUAAGAUGUUUUCUAGGAAAGCUACCUUACACAGACAUAUCAAAACCCACGUUGAGGAUGCAAAGAAAGCCCAGAAAGUACGGUUUGCUGAGACAAAGUCAGCUAACAAGUUCAGUCAAGCAAGGGAACCUACUGAAGCAACGAAAGGGCCCCUGAAAUCACCUGCUGAAGAUGUAAGGGAGGUAAAGGCUGCUGGCAUCACCGACGACGAGUUUACAAUCGUGGAGGUAGAUGUGAGCAAAAAGAUGAUAAAAAACAUGAAGGAUGUGGAAGAGCCUCGGAAAAAGGACACGGAUCCUCCUGGAGAGCUAAAUAUGUCCCAAAAGUCGUCACCUCAGAGAAGGCCUUUUACAUGUAAGAUUUGCUUUCACAGUUUCAAGAGGAAACACCAUCUCAAGGGCCAUUUAGCAGUUCACUCUAACGUAAAGUCCUUUGAGUGUCCACAAUGCAGUAAAAGGUUCUCUUUUGGUUAUGUCUUAAAGAGACAUAGCAAAAUCCAUGCCAAGGAUGCCGGGUAUGAGACAAGGCCCUUUGAAUGUCACAUUUGUACUCAGAGAUUCAAAAUGAAGCAACAUCUCAAGCUCCAUAUGCUUGUACAUUGUGAGGCAGAACCCUUGGAGUGUCCACAGUGCAGUAAAAUGUUUUCUAGGAAAGCUACCUUACACAGACAUAUCAAAACCCACGUUGAGGAUGCAAAGAAAGCCCAGAAAGUACGGUUUGCUGAGACAAAGUCAGCUAACAAGUUCAGUCAAGCAAGGGAACCUACUGAAGCAACGAAAGGGUUCCUGAAAUCACCUGCUGAGGAUGUAAGGGAGGUACAGGCUGCUGGCAUCACCGACGACGAGUUUAUAAUCGUUGAGGUAGAUGUAAGCAAAGAUAUGAUUGAAAACAUAGAGACAUGCAGCACUGUAGGGAAUACCUUCGGACCAUCUAGCGACUCAAACCCCGGGAUUUCGACUCACAAGAACGACGCACGCGAGAAUGCAGACGGUGUGGUGAAGAAAUCGACAGCUGCUCAAACAGGGCUCUUUGAAUGUGAGAUCUGUUUUAAACCUUUCACGAGGACCUGUACGCCAGUCCAUUCUAACAAGAAGCCUCAGAAAUCACCAUCUCAAGGAAAAAUAGCCAGCAUGCCCGAGGAGCUGAAGGAACCCCUGAAAUUACCUGCUGAAGCUGUCAACAAGCCGCCUGAUUCUUCAUCCUUUUGCAUCCUGCCACGGCAUGCUGAUGUUAAUGACAAAGACUUUAAGAUAAGUGUGGAUAAUAGCAAAUCUUUAAAUCCUGCUGAGGAUGUGGAAGAGCCUCAGAAAAAGGACACGGAUCCUCCUGGAGAGCUAAAGAUGUCCAAAAAGUCGUCCCCUCAGAAAAGGCCUUUUGCAUGUCAUAUUUGCUUUAACAGUUUCAAGAGGAAACAACAUCUCAAGGGCCAUUUAGCAGUUCACUCUAGUGUAAAGCCCUUUGAGUGUCCACAAUGCAGUAAAAGGUUCUCUUUUGGUUAUGUCUUAAAGAGACAUAGCAAAAUCCAUGCCAGGGAUGCUAACAGGCCCCGGGAAUCGCAAAAACAAAAUAAAUUAGACCAUGCAGAUACUGCCAAGGAAGUGAAAGAACCCCAGAACGAGUAUCAGGCAAGGCCCUUUGAAUGCUAUAUUUGUACCCAAAGAUUCAAAAGCAGGCACCACAUGAUCGGCCAUAUGUCUGUACAUUCUAACGAAAAGCCCUUUGAGUGUCCACAAUGCAGUAAAGCGUUCUCGAGGAAAGCUACCUUACAAAGACAUAUCAAACUCCACGCCAGACCUGUAGAGAAAGCCAAGAAACCAAAGAAACCAAAGAAACCAAAGGCACCAAAGAAACCAAAGGCACCAAAGAAACCAAAGAAACCAUUGCUUGCUAAGACAAAGAUCGCUGAAAAUGUGAACAAGCCGAAUUAUUACUUACCCCAACUGCUGCCACGAUAUUUGGGUUUUUACAGCAAACAAACGGGGAUAUAUUUGGAUGAUAGCUACUAUGCAGAAACUGCUUAUGAAGUGAAAGAACCCCAGAACGAGGACACCGAUUUAAAGAGCCAUGAGUUCAUGGUAUCAGACAAGGCCCUUUCAAUGUCAGAUUUGGUUUGACAGAUUCAGAAGGAUGCAACAUCUCAAGGGCCACAUGUUUGCAAAGCCUUUUGAGUGUCCACAAUGCAGUAAAAUCUUCUGUCAGAAAUAUACCUCAAACAGACAUAUCAAAAUCCACUGCUUGCUGAGACAAAAGCCAAGCAAGUUCAAAGUCAAAGUCAAGCUAACAAGUUCAUUCAAGCAAGGGAUCCUACUGAAGCAACGAAAGGACCCCUGAAAUCACCUGCUGAGGAUGUAAGGGAGUCACAGGCUGUUGGCAUCCCCGACGACGAGUUUACAGGACGUGUGACUGAGGACAGCUAGGUGAAGGAGCCCUGCUGUUUUGUCAUAUAUGGUCGGCACGUUUCGGUAGGAAGUCUUUCCUCGUCAGACACAGAAAGAUGCUUUCGAACUGCGAAUUGUGUGGGAAAAAAAACAAAAAAACGUCCUCCUCUGUUUUUAUUUUAAGGAACAUAAGAAAGGAAAAGAAAAUAAUAUUUCUAUUACGUUGGGAAACUCUAUCAUUUCUUUCUCAUUAUUAUUGAUUUCGUUAUUUUAUUUUAUUUUAUUUUUUUAUUUUGUUACAUAGUACUGAUCUUAAAAAGUGUUAAAACUACACCUAAAAUAAUAAUUCGAGGAUUUUGCCUUUGUAUAAGCUUAACUAGUUUUAAGAUGGUGGGUGUUAAAAGACAAUCACGUUUGUUAAUUUAAGUAAAGGAAAAAAGGAUGCGAACUGCAUACAAUUUAAAUAUUCAUUACCCAGUCUUAGGUGAAGCAGGAUGUAUAACUAUAAAGGAAUAAAUUAUUAAUUUCAA